AGACUCACUGCGACUUCUCGCAGACAACUGUUGCUCGUAUAAAAAGGAGAGUCAUGCGGCAGUAAUGGAGCUAAAGUCGGAGCUUUUAAAGUCCAUCUGGUAUGCCUUCACCGCUCUGGAUGUGGAGAAGAGUGGGAAAGUUUCCAAAUCACAACUAAAGGUCCUUUCACACAACUUGUGUACAGUUCUGUGCAUCCCACAUGACCCAGUGGCCUUGGAGGAGCAUUUCAGAGAUGAUGAUGACGGUCCUGUGUCAAGUCAGGGCUACAUGCCUUACUUGAACAAGUACAUCCUUGACAAGGUGGAGGAGGGUACUUUUGUGAAAGAGAAUUUUGAUGAACUCUGUUGGACUCUGACAGCUAAAAAAAACUACCAUCCAGAAAAGAAUGGCAAAAGCAUCAUUCCCUGGCAAGAUGCUUUCCGCCUCUGGUGUCUCUUCAAUUUCCUUUCUGAAGACAAAUACCCUUUGGUCAUCGUCCCAGAUGAGAUGGAGUACUUGCUAAAGAAGAUAUGCACAUCCAUGAGUGUGGAGCUCAACAUUGGAGAACUGGACGACUACUUUGCUCAGGAGUCCUCCCCGCAGAAUGGCCUCACAGUCUGGCAGUUUCUGGAGCUUAUGAACUCUGGAAGAUUAACGCGAGGCAUUGACAGAGAUACGCUCAGCAUGGCAAUUGAAGAAGUAUACCAGGAGAUGGUUGAGGAUAUGCUUAAGCAGGGAUAUUUAUGGAAAAAAGGUCAGCUGAGGAGGAACUGGACAGAACGAUGGUUCACUCUAAGACCAAGCGUGUUGGCUUAUUACGUCAGUGAAGAUCGCAAAGAGAAGAAGGGCUGCAUCCUUCUAGACAAAAACUGCUGUGUAGAGGUGCUUCCAGAUAAAGAUGGGAAGAGGUGCAUGUUUUGUGUGAAGACGCCAAACAAGACGUAUGAAAUGAGUGCUUCUGAUACUAAGCAGAGACAAGAGUGGACCUCAGCCAUCCAGACUGCCAUUCGUUUACAAGCAGAGGGAAAGAAGUCACUCCAUAGAGACUUAAAACUGAAGCGCAGAGAGCAACGUGAGCAGCGUGAAAGGCGCAAAGCAGCCAAAGAAGAGGAGCUGCAGAGGCUCAAGGCCCUACAAGAGGAAAAGGAAAGGAAGCUACAGGAGCUGGAGUUGCUGAAGGAGGCUCAACGGCAGGCCGAGGCUCUUCUUCAGCAAGAUGAGCAGCGAAGGCGCGCACAACAUGAGGAGAUGCAGAGGGCUCUUGAAAUUCAACUGCGUGAAGCUGAGCAGGCAAGAGCAACCAUGCAGGUGGAGAUGGCUCUAAAGGAGGCAGAAGCAGAUCGCCAGAGGAAAAGAAUUCAGGAGUUGGAAGACAUGCAGCAACGGCUGGAAGAUGCCCUCAAUCAAGAAAGAAAGGCUAGACAGGAUGAGGAAACAUUCAGAUAUGAUCAAGCAAGGCUUCUAGCUGAGGAGGAGGAGAAGCUGAAGCAGUUGAUGCUGAUGAAGGAAGAACAGGAGGAAUAUAUCCUAAAAACUCAGCGUGAGAAGCAAGAGUUGAAACAGGAGAUGGAAACCAAAACCAGAGCUCUGGAGGAAGCUCAGCGGCAGCUAGAGGAAGUGAGAGUGAACAGACAGAGAGUCGACAUGGAUGUCAUGGCUGCCCAGAGGAAACUUCGCCAAGCCAGUACCAACGUCAAACACUGGAAUGUGCAAAUGAACAGACUAAUGCACCCCAUAGGCCCAGGAGACAAGAAGUCCCCAAGCAUUGGAAGUUUUCGUGUCCCCAUGCAGAAAGACCCUGGGCUGAAGCUACGUCAGAAAUCCCAGGAAAAUGAGAGUGAGAGCAAGGAAAACAUAGUGCGUGAGGUGGCUCGGCGCUUCUCCCAAGCAUCAGAGGAGGUAAUGGACACAAACUAAGACAAAGAAAUAAACGUCCAGGACCUUUGAGUCUCGACACCCUAAAACUUCUCAUGAGAUCCCUCUGGACUGGCCUUUCAUCUGGCCGCAGGACUGCACCCUCCAUAGAGCCUCCACUGAGCAUUUUGAAAUCAACAUGAAGAACAUACUUGGGGAGAUCUCUUUUUACUCUGGGGGCUCACUUUACCAGAUAUUGUGGUGUACAUGUUUAUUCAUCUGAAGCAGGGGUUCUACACCAGAAGCCCAUUUCUCCAAUACAUUUACGUACAGAUGUUUUUCUAGAGGAGACUUUUACUAUUCCCACCAUUUUAUGUGGACAGGUAUCAGCACAGCAAGAAAAGAAGCAAACAUCAGUGAUGUGCAAAUACACAAAUCAUAUAAGCCUCUGUCACAAUGUUUAAAUUUCCAUUAUGUUCUUAUAAAAAAGACAACAGACGCUACACACCUUAAUGUCUGCCUUUCUGUCUAUAGAUUUCUUAUCCUCCUGCAAAAGUGACAUUGUCAGUAGUCUUUAAGGUCAAUUGUGGGAUAGGGUGGGACUGAAUUGGGUUGAGUAAAAGGAAGUCUUUUGGUACAUAGAGUUGGGGGGUUUGACAAAACUCAUCCCUUUCCACAUCCCCUCAUGAGUAGGUCAGUAUAUAAUUGAUUCCUGGGCAUGCUUAUACCAACAUGCUGUCAUUUAGCUGAGAGAACUAUAACUUAUUAUGGAAGUGGGGUGCAUUAAGAGUUAGUGACAGGGUCAAAAUUUCCCUGAUCAUCCGCUCCACAGGAAUUUCUGCCCCAGACCGAUUCUAAAAUGUUAAUCCGGCACUAGAAGGUGCAUUCUUAAAUAUGAGAGAAUAGACUUCAGCAGAAAACUAGUUGUAAGGUUGGUGGCAAUAUUCCUAAGGCAAAACUGGUGUAGAGAUGGAGGCAAAAUUAGAACAUGCUUUUGGAGUUGGGAAUCAGGACAGUGCCAUGGUUGAGCAUAUUCCUGUAAAAGUGUCUUGAGCCAUUAACAGCUGAUUUAUUUUUCAGAUGGAAUAAGAGAGAACGGAUUUGCUAUUAUUAGAAAUGGCAUGCAUAGUGAUACAGGUAGUUGACUAAAUAAGCAAUGUUACUUUGCCGUUACCCAAAACAAUGUUCAAUGUGUACUCUCACUUAAGAUGAUCUGUUUGGUAAUUCCUACCUGAGCAAUUCCCAUACAGUGUUACAAUUUAUUUAAACAUUGCUAAAUCUAGACAAACUAAAUUCUCAUUGGGCUUCAUUUCCACAGGAAUGUGUGAAGAUGGCUACGCUGAGCCAAACGUGUAGUUCAUGUUUGGGAGAACUUAUAAAAACUAGAAUGCUUGCUGACAUACUCUGGUUGAUGAGAUAUAAGCCUUAAACAGUAUCAAUGUCAGUGAGCAGUGCCAUAAUGUAUAUAGAGUGGAACUUGUCAGUCCAAGAAUGAGCACACAAUUCCAGUAGAAGAGAACAGGGAAGAUGGAAUGAGGGUUGCACAGUUAUGGCAUAGGUUCACCCAUAGUGAGUGCCAGGUUUGCUAGGCUAAAUAAUUUGUUCUUCACAGCAUGUUAGAGAAAUGCAGACAUUAAAAAGUUGUCCCAGCCAGGGUCAGAUCCUCCUGUUUUGUUUCCCAUACUGGUAGGAUAAAUCCCCACACCCUUUCACUCCUAAAUUGGAUUAAGUAUAUCAGAAGAUGGGUGAUUCUGCUGGCUGAGGAUUUCUUUAUGGUUAGGGAUGUGUCAAAAUCUUCUUUGCCAUUGUGAGUUGUGACAUAAAGAGCUUAGACUGAGUGCAAGUGUGCUUGUGAACUGACUGAUUUUCAACAGCUUAUACAUAUGACAGAUGUGAGUGCAGGCAUCAAGGAAUCAACGUCGCAACCAGGGAUUCAAACAAGGUAUUAGUUAAGGCCAAGAUGGUGUUGAGGAGAUUAAGAGAGAAUGGAACCAGGGUAAAAAAAAACUGACUAGUGGAAGUCUACUGCAUUUUACAGAACAUACAGCACCUGUCACCAUGGGCAAUUCAUAAGGUGCUUGACAAUGUGAUAUCAACAUGAUGGUGCAAGACAAAGCAACAGAAUACAAUGUGUAUAAAGGUGCAAAUGACUGUAC